UGCAGCAAUUAGCAUCCCUGUCAGAUGUUAAUACCGUUUUUGCUUCUUCCUGCGGUUAAGAAAAGCCCUGGCAAGUUUCGUAUAGAACUUGUCUGCAUUAAAUCGAAUUUUAUGAAGGAUUGACUUUUUUCAAAGGAAUUAUGGCAAAAAAUAAAAGUACGGUUUAUUUAGGAUACGAAGAUGAAGAAAUAACGGAUAAGCAUGUAUCCCUCUUAAGUAGUAGUUUAAAUAAAAUUGGUGGAACUCCGGAUUGGCCGAAUGGUGAUAUUAAAAUACCAGCAUGCUCUUUGUGUGGAACAGCUAGGCCUUUAAUUGUUCAAUUAUAUGCUCCAUUAGAAUUAUCCCAGUUUCAUCGUUCUCUGUACAUAUUUGCUUGCCUUAAUCCGUCAUGUUCACAAAAUUCGAAAAGUUGGCUGUGUGUACGCACUCAGCAUUUGGAGACAAUAGGCCAAUGUGAUAUAAUGAAAGGGCUAGCCUCGUCAAAGCCUAUAAAUGGCGGUGGUGGUAAACAAGGCAAAAAGAAACAAGUAGCAAAACCAACUAAUAAAAUUUCCUGGUGUAGUGGCGCAGAUGACUGGGGCGGCGACGAUAACGCUUUAAUUGGCACUUUGGAGAAGAUGGAUAUCGAGGCUGACGAGCCUUUAUUAGAGCAACAUGAAGAGGAAAAUGGUAAUAUUAUUCGAGCAAAUAACGAUAUUACCCCAUUGGAUAAUGUAGUCGAAGAAGAAAUUGCGUUAAACGAAGAAGAUGAUGAAGACGAUAGCAAUUCCAUGGAUAAUGAACUAAUCAGCGGUUUCCAUCAAAUUGAGAUGACGCCUCAGCAUCAAAUAGUUGAAGACCCGAAUGCAAAUUGUGCAGCGGCCGCCGCUUCAGUUGAAAAGGACGGUAAUUAUGCCUGUAGUGGCGCUUCGGCCGCAAUAUGUGCUGAAAUUGAAGGCCCCGAAACCGAUGUAGUGCUGGUGGAAACACCAGAAAAACCGGAGCGCGAUUUAGUAGCUUUAUUAAAACAUACUCCUACGCCAACUUCCUUUGGGCCUUUAGCCAAAUUAUCAGAGGUUACUUUGAAACCGUUCUUCUUGGCAGUAGAGCUUGAAGUGCAUUCUCAAAGCAAGGAGUAUGAAAAUUACGAUGGUUGCCUAUCGGCAGAACACAUUAGAGACUUAUACCAGGAAUACAAAAAGCAAGAUGAAUCCGCCCACUCACCAAAUAAUGGACAACAAUCUGAUAACGAUUGCGGAGGAGUGGUUAGAACUCCCGAAGAUCAAGAAUCAUAUGAAAAAGUUCUGCCAGCACAUGGCGAUGUUAUGUUCCAUAAUUUUCUUAGUAUUCUGCAACAAAAUCCAGGUCAAAUUUUAAGAUAUUCACGUGACGCUCUACCGCUUCUAAUUGCUCCUUUACAAGAAGCUGUGCCUAAAUGUCCUAAUUGUAAUGGUGAGACCAUAUGUGAAGUUCAAAUACUUUCCACUUUAAUACCUAAACUUAAAAUGCAACAAAAUCGUGAAUCGGCUCCAAUUGAAUACGGCAAUAUAUUGGUGUUCACUUGCCUAAAAAGUUGCUGGGAUACACCAGAUAAAAUGCGAUAUGAACGCGUCAUAGUUCAGGCGGAAAAUUAGGCACUUUUAAGAAUACGUAAGAAAAGUAAGCAAAUCAGAAAGGAAGAAGGUACCUCGAGAUAAUUUUUAAAACAAGCAACUAAACUACUUCAGAAAAGUCAAAACUCUUACGAAUAUUAUAUUAUAAUGCUUCUCUCCUUUCUCCUUCUCUCCCUCAAUUUUCUUCCUAUUAUAUAUCCCAAGCU